AACCGUCUCUGAGUCAUACUUCGAGGUCGAGGUGAAUACUAGGCAAGCGCAGUACGCAAAAUAUGAAGCCUAACACAUACACUUAGGAAACCUUUACUGAACUAUAAUAUAGGGCCUAUUUAUUGAAUUGUAAAUUAUUGUUGCAGCCUAAUUUUAAAAAAAGUACAGAUUUCGAAACGACACUCUACAUUGCUGGGUUAAUAGUAUUUUCUAUCGUCUUAUUUACCCCUUACAUCGUAUUGUUAACCCCGAUUUUAUUCUCGCAUAACGCAGUUGGAUGAAAAGCCCACACCACGAGUGAGUGAUGUAUCUAUCGACUGAGCCAUAUAGCUGAGGGAGGCAAUUGCGCAUGAUAUUUAAUACAGGGCAUAAGUUUCAGUUUCGUUUCAUCAGAAAAAGGUUCGUGUUUACUCCAUAGGGCAGAGUGACCAAGGGAGGUACUGUUGGCAAUCAGAUUGUUUCGAACAGUGUAGGCUAAACAUGACUGCUUCCACGGUUACGAAAAUUCUGUGCUCCAAUAAUGGGGCUCUGGACUACAACGAAUUAGUCGCCAAUAUCGGGUCUUGUGGUAUCUUUGGUUCAAACAGUCAUUUGGAACAAAGUCUGCGAGACCGGCAGAAGUUCGCAGUAGUUCAAAUCAACGGUGGCAACAAAAUUAUUGCUAAAACCUCCGUCAGGCUCUGUAAAGCAAAGGAAUGCGAGAACUGCAAUAAUUUGCAUCUUUGCAAAUUUUAUCUGUUUGGGGAGUGCCAAUAUAACAGGGGCAGACGAAGAUGCCGCUUCUGCCACGACUUGACCACGCAGCACAAUGCUCAAGUCCUGAGAGACCACGACCUCCAGGAUCUGGACAGGAAGGAACUCUGCCUGCUUCUGCUUCAGAACGACCAAACGCUGCUGCCACCGGUGUGUUAUUCAUUCAAUAAAGGCAGCGGUCAGUAUGGCUCCUGUCCCGACCAGGCGAACUGCACCCGGCUGCAUAUCUGCGAACAAUACAUCAGGGGGCACUGCAGACAGGGGGUCUCGUGCAGCAGGUCCCACAGCUUCCACGACCCCGCCAUGCUGAGAAUCCUGACGGACCGGGGGCUAACCGAACAGCUGAUCAGCACUCUGCCGUCGGUCUAUCUGAACAUCCUCAACAUGAAGAACAGCAGUUCAACUGCCAGUGAUCAGGAUAAAACUGAGAUAUGCAUCUACUUUGUCAGGAAAGACUGCAAACAUGGAGCCCGGUGUUUCAAGGCCCAUUUCGACAUGCCCUACAAGUGGGAGGUGUGGGCGGGGCUGAGCUGGUCAGCUCUGCCCAACAAUGAAAAGAUUGAAAAGGAGUUCUGUGACCCGGCCAACACAUGCAGCAGCAGCUAUCCACCUGUAGACUUCCUGACAAUGACUCAGGGAGCAGCUAAAGUGCGGCGCCUCUCCACUGUCUCCUCCGUCACCAGACCUGACUUCAUCCUGACCACAGCCUGGACCUGGUACUGGCAGGAUGAGUUUUCACAGUGGAUGGAAUACGCAGCCUCAAGUGACGUUCACCAUGCUUCAUCCAUCACAAGUGAAGACCUGGAGAAGAAAUACAUGGAAGACAGCAGCUCAGUGCUUCAGUUCACAGCAGGCCAUCAGGAGUAUGUGAUCUCAUUUAAAGACAUGAUCCAGAUCAACAAACGGUAUAAGACCGUGAAACACGUCCGAAGGCGACCGGUGUUUGUCUCCAGAAGCGAUGCAGAGGCCAUAAAAAAACGCAAAAGUGGACCCAAUAGGUCGUUUACUCCCAAUUUCAAAGCUGUUCCGACCUACUGGGAUAAAUCCCAGUUGCCCGAGACAGGAUACAAGAGGAUUGAGGUGCUGGAGUCUACAGAGGAACAUAACAAGGUGAAGAAUCUCUUCAGGAAGACCAUGUUUGGAUUCACCAUUAAGAAAAUUGAAAGAAUCCAAAACAAGUCUCUCUGGGAGAUCUUUCAAUGGCAAGCAGAGCAGAUGAAAAAGCACAACCGAGGGAGGAAUGUCAAUGAGAAACUGCUGUUCCAUGGCACAGACUCUGCUUACGUCGACGCUAUCUGCAAGCAGAACUUUGACUGGAGGAUCUGUGGAACACACGGAACCGCCUAUGGAAAAGGGAGCUACUUUGCACGGGAUGCCAAGUAUUCUCACAGCUACACCGGCUCCUCCUCCUCUUCCAGAACCAUGUUUGUGACCCGGGUUCUGGUGGGCGAGUCCAUCAAGGGAAACUCCGGAUACCUGCGCCCUCCCUCCAAAGACGGCGGGGAUACUAACUUCUACGAUAGCUGCGUAGACGAUACCCUCAACCCAUCCAUUUACGUGGUGUUUGAGAAACAGCAGGUGUACCCAGAGUAUGUUAUACAGUAUCAGGAAGACAGUCCACUACAGGCUCCAACACCUAGUUAUGUCAUGCAGCCAACGCCAGCUCCACAGCCUAAGCCAGUCUAUACAUACGUGAACACCCCAAGAGUGUCAGUUCCUCCAGCCACCACUUCAUUUACGUCUAAGCCAACUACAUACCGCUAUUCACAACCUCCUCCCCCACCACCAAAACCAAAAGAUUCAUGCACCAUCUCUUAGUCAUUUCUCCCUGUAUGAAUUAAAGAAAGAAACAAACAUUUUGGAGAGCUUUGUAUCAUCAGGAUCUUCAUUGUAUCCCUGAUAUGUUUCCUAUUUUGUGUUCCCAAUCAUACUUGUUUUAUUAUUUACCAGUUGACUAACUAUUCCAGCAAAAAAAAAUUGUAUUCGACCACUGGGUCUCAUUAUUAAAAGCUGGAUUUGUGAAGUGAACUGUUUUGAUAGAAACGUCUCUAGUGGGGUGUACAGCUGUGGUUUGAUUCCCCUGUGUAACUAAUUUAAACCACCUUACUGCAGAAAUUCAGCUUUUAGGAGUCUUUUCAGAAGCAGGCCCCUGAGGUUGAAAAAAUACAUUAGUUAGUGAGCCUGGUAAAUGUAAGAAAUAGAGAAUUACUUAAUUAGUAGGAUAGUAAUUAGGGGAGGGGGUAAAUGUAUGCAAUGUAGUUAAUUGGUGAUUUGAUCACAUCCAUCAACACAAGGCUCUCAGGGCUGUCUGUACCCAUGUCUUUACACACACAUAGUUUGUCAGGACUCAGGUUUGCAGUUGUCUGCAUCUGUGUGUUUUUUUUUUUGUUGUUGUUUUUUUUUAAAUCAUGCAGGUAAUAUAGCUGCGUUGUGUGAGGUGUAAGCUUUGUAAGGGUUCGGCCGUACUUCUGUCGCAGAUGAAUGCGAUACAUCAGGCACAGACAGCUAUAAAAGCUGUGCAGCUUCGCUCCGACCAUGCAGCAAAUGUUAUUAACAUUAUCUGACCUUAUGCGAUUUCAGGUCGCAGACGCAUGAGAAAAGGCUGAACGACUUUCCAAAAAAGACGCAUGUCACAAAGAGUGUGGAUGACGUAAUUCCACUGUAUUGCACCUGUACUGUAGUAAUACUGCUAGGUUUAAGGGUCUACUGGUUGAUUGUUAAUUCUUGCCAGAAUUAUGGUAGUUUAUUUUUCAAAUGACUGUCGCUAGAUAUAUAGAGAAAAAGAAAGAAAUGCGAUCUUAAAUCUUCCUACUACUCGCAGACUGUAUUAAAUAUGUUAAAGAGAGCUCCCCUUUGUACUGUCUCCCCCAAUUCCCUGUUCCCAAAGGGUGGGGGAAAAGAAAAAAAAGAAAAUCAAUAAAAAUAAUUGUUCCCAAAAAAGAGUUCCCCUUGAUUUUAAGUUUGAUAUUAAUUAUGUUGAUGCAGUUUUAAGAACUGUAAUGAAAGCAGGAUUUCACUUCCCACUUUUCUAGAGUUUUAGUGUUUUCUGGACAUGCAAUAUUGAAGAGCAAGUUGAAAUUUUGCUUUUGUGGAUUCUACUGCUAUGCCGGUUUGUUCUUCGUUCUUUUAGACAAAAAAAAUAUAUGUUUGUGGCUUUUAGUGUUUUGUUUCUUAUUAAAAAAAGUCAAAACUGUAAUGAAUUAAGAAAGGAAAAAAAAGUGUGUACCAUUAUAUUAAGACUUUAUACUUCAUUGAACCCCCAACAUUUUCAAUGGGACCCCCAAAAUUUACUGUGGAACCUUCAGUUUUUUUAGUGGAGUCCUGGACCCUUGAUGGGAAAAGGUUUUGGAGAGCCGUGCAUCAACAUGGCCUCAGCUUACGUGAACCUUUCAGUUGAAGGUUUUCAGCCUUUUUGCAGCGACAUAAUGUGCUAAUCUGAAGGAAAUAGGGGUUGCAAUGCAGUGUGUUGUGCUGUCUGUGUUUAUUGUACAAGUAUAUAACAGUCUGUUCAUUUUAGUUACGCUAGUUAUAAUUCACCUACCCGUUGAAAAGCACCUAUAACAUGUGUACAUGUAACCUGUUCUUGUUUUUGUAAAGUCUUGCUUUGUAAUACCUCUCUGUAAAAUGUUUUAAUGAUUGUUUUAAUCAAUAAUCUACAGAUAAUAUAUUUAGAAAAAUACUCUGUAAUCCAGGGCUCUAUUUCACUUGACUUGGUAAUUGUCAACUCUUCAGGUUCCAGUCCAAUAUGUAUUUUAUUUGACAGUAGUUAUUGUACAGUUAACUAUUCGAAAAGGCUUUUGCAAGUAUUGACAGUGUCUAGGGUAUUAAUGAAUUAGGCUAGGACCGCGUGACGUGUUGAAAGAAUGAGAAUUACAGUGAAGAGAGAUCAUUGGUAGUUCAGUACUGGGUGGAUCAUCAUAUCAUUGUGUGAAAAACCACAAUUGAAAAACCACGUGUGAAUUGUAUCAUGUGCCUAUACACAUUUAGGGGAAAAAACGGUAUUCCUUGUUAUACAGCUACUGGUCUGUACUUUUAACAUUUCAUUUUCAGAUUAUUUAUUUAUAUAUAUAUAUAUAUAUAUAUAUAUAUAUAUAUAUAUAUAUAUAUAUAUAUAUAUAUAUAUAUAUAUAUACACACCUGUAUUUCUCUUUGUGUUUUAAUAAAACAAAAUUUAAAAUAACAUUUUUAAAAAAACAGCCACAAUUAAAAGAUUUCUCUAUCCAUGGGCGGCACUUUGCAAAUUUGACACAGUACAUGUGGCGUGUUCAUGAAAGGCUACAUUUAUAUUGCAGCUUACCAGUACCUUUUAACUCCAGUGACCUCAGGAACAAAUGAAUCCUUUUCAGAAGCUGCAAGCCUUAGUUUAGGGUGCUAAAUAAAAUUGCAAAGCAUCUGACAAUCUAGCUGUUUGCUGCAAGGAGGCAGCAUGUUCUAACACUGCUCAUAUUUACUGUAUUAAACCUGUGUGCCCUUUCCAUGACUUUUCUGUAAAAACUCUUUUAAAAAAAUACGGAGUAAUAAAGAUAAGUGAAGAUUAUCGAGAA